GACAAAUUAUCUUUAACCUCCCUCUGGUUCCCCACCUCCUUCCCUUUCUCCCAUGAUUGACUCGCCUCUCCUAUCAGAUUCCUUCUUCAGCCUUUCACCUGAUCACCUCUCACUUCAUUCCCCCUCCUCCAACUACCCCCCUCAUCCUGCCUCACCUAUUACCUGCUAGCAUGUACACCUCCCCUUCCCCCACCUUCUUAUUCGAGCCUCUGCUGCCUUCCUUUCAGUCCUCACAAAGGGUCCUGGCCCGGAACCCCAACUGUUUCUUGCCCUCCCUCGAUGCGGCCUGACCUGCUGAAUUCUUCCAGCGUUCUGUGUGCGUGUUGCUGUAGAUUUCGGGUGCCGGCAGAAUGGGUUGUGUCGACACAGUGAAAUCGCUCCCUUAUCCGCCAUCGUCGGCUGCAGGGCUUUGGAUCUGUGAGCCAGGCCGGCACUGGAAUGCUGUGAGAUUGUAGGGUUGGAAUCGGCUGACUGGAACCAAGGCCGUGAGGAAUCCCGUAGCAACAGGGACCUUCGGACGCCAGCGGUCCACUCCCACACCUUCUCGCCCCGCCCUGGAUCCGAACUACUUGCUGCUUUUCAAUCUCUAAAUGCUUUUCAUUCUCGCAAAGGAGAAAUCCCCGAUUUGCUUUUAAGUGUGGACCGGAGUGGAUGAGUGGAGGAUGUCAGAGGGCUGGGAGGACUGCCCGGUGCUGCCGGUGGGCUGGAAGCGCCGUGAGGUGUUCCGCCGCUCUGGCGCCACCAUAGGCAAGUCAGACACCUAUUACUUGAGUCCCACAGCAGAGCGAUUCCGCAGCAAGGUAGAGUUGGUCAAGUACUUUGGAGACGCGCUAGACCUCACCUAUUUUGACUUCAAGAAGGGAAUCAUCCUGCCUCCAGAUGCAAAGGUCAGGAGGUCGGGGAAACGCCAGAGCACCUCCUCGUGCGAGGUUAAGGAGGAGCAGAGGGAGCAUUGCCAGACCCCGAAGAAGAAGGCCAAGGCUCCCCCUACCCCGAGCCCAGCUCAGCCCAAACCAGAAAAGGCCAGUGAGGCGGAGGGAUUAGCCGCAGACCCCCAGGACUCGCUGAUCGUGUGUUGUGAGGACUGCCAGCAGUGGAUUCCAGGGGUGCUGUUCAGCCCCCGCAAGAGGCGCCUGCGAUUCUACUGCGCCGAGUGCAGAGCGAAGCGACGGGAACUUGGGAGGAAGUUAAACUAUUACAAGCGUUUUGGCUGCGGUGAGUGCGAGGGCUGCUCCGUGGCCGCUGACUGCGGUGUGUGCCGGGGAUGUGCUGCCGGGCACUCGAACAGUGGCAGGAGGCGCAAGUGCAUCAGGAGGUCUUGUCAGAAACUGAAAGAGAUAAGGGCAGAGUCACGGUGCCGGAGAUCGUCCGGGGAACCAAAGAAAAAGGUGAAGUCCCACCUCCAGGCGACAAAACGGGCGGCGGUACAAAGGUCAGAGCCAGCACACGUCACAUCUGAAGACAAGGAUGGUGUCCCGUGCAAAGCUCCAACGAGAAAGAUACAAUCUCACCAGCAAGCAGAGAAGAUUUUGAAGAAAGCAAAGAUUAUCCCAGUGCCCAAGGAGCCAGAGGUGGAGGAGGAGAAACCGGUGGUGAAGCCCUGCCCUCCGCUCAGCGAGGAGCCGGCCCCCGAAUCUCCAGACACUCCCACUGCAGUGACGGCAGACACGCCAGUCCAGACAAAGGGCAGCCGGAACCGCCGGAACAACCGGAGCUGUGGGGAGUGCGAGGCGUGUCUCCGCCUAGCCGACUGUGGCACAUGCGACUUCUGCAAGGACAAGGCCAAGUUCGGCGGCGCCAACACAUUGCGGCAGAAGUGCCGCUGGAAACAGUGCCUCUGCUUCGCCUCCAAACGCCUGUUGCCCCGGGAGCUGAUGGGCCAGGGCUCCUGGGCGGAGUGGGAACCGGGGUGCCGGAGUGGGCGUCGGAGGUGGAAAGAGAACGCCUUUGCCAGCCGCAAGGUGGCCCGCGCCAUCCAGGCCGCCAGGAAGAGGAAGAUAUGCCAGUCGUCGGUGCCCGCGGCUGAGCCUGAGGCCAGCAGACGCCCGGAAACGCCAGCACAGGUCCUGGCGCUGAUUGGCAAGGAGGAGGAGCCCUCGCGCCCACGCACCUCAUCGCCAGAGAGGGGGCAGGAGGCAGCCAUGCCUAGCCCAGUCAAGCCGGUGCGGGACGGCAGUGGGAGGGCGGACAACCCCCACGGCUCUCCAGAACAGAGGUCUCCGCCCUCGGGCGAAGCCCUGAACCUCAAGAAGCUCCUGAUGGUGAUGAAGCCGUACGUGAAGGGAGCCCAGUCAUCAGAAGCCCCCGAGCGGCCGACUGUGAUUCGCGAGACCUCUGAGUGGCAGCUGAGCAGCGAGCAGAGGAGGCCCAUGGAGACCCCAGUGUUCCAGACGGCAGCGAUCUCCACCCCAGCAAAGCGUGUCACUCCGGAACGGGAACCUGAGCGCAUUCCAAGCACACCGGAAAUGUUGAGUGAGCGUGUCUCCUCCUCCCACCGAUCGGUGUCCCCUGUCAUUAAACAACAGGAGCACAAGGAAAGAGCCAGCAGCAGGAAGGCAUUGCAACGCUCCACGGAGGAACGUGAUGUGAACGGGUGUUCCAGCCAGGGUUCACCUCCCAUCACCAAGGAGGAACGCACAAACCCCAGCAGCUACAGGCAGCCCAUCUCGCCCAAGCGGCCGGCAGAGACAGAGGCCCGUACACCCGGAAUUCCCAGCAAUUCUCGGAUUGUCAGGCGGGAGAGUCCGGAGCAGAACCCGGGAUAUGGACAGUCACCUCCAGCAGCGGUUGCAGCAGGUCAGUCAGUGACACAGCAGAGCCCAGAGGAGAGUAGCGGUGGUCCCGACGACAGCUCCGGUUUGCCAGUGAUCACGCAGAUCUUCAGCCUGGGUUCUCCCUACAUGAUGAUGUCCCUGGAGCCGCUGCUGCGGAACUUCAUGCAGGACCUGAUGCUGUUGCCACUGCCAGCCUCCUGGGUGGUGUGCUCCUCGCUGGGGCCCGACGUCCAACUCAUCCAGCUAUCUCGCAAGUCGCCCGUCUGGGACGCCGCUGUGCACAUCCGCCCGGGCUUCUUCUUCCAGGUGCUGGUGCGGGGCCUGGCCGUGCCCCGUGGCCACCGUCUUUACCGCAGCCACCCUGCCCAGCUCACCACUGUCGAUGACGUGGUGGACCUCAUCAGCGACCUCGAGACCUACCGGGUGUGCGCUGGCUACCCGCAGCACCGCAGCCUCAAGGCCACUCCGCCGGCCGUGGCUGCCCUCCUGCCCCGCGAGCGCUCCUCCUUCUGCGACGUCCUGGUCGACAAGGAGCGUUGCUUCCAGUGCGCCGUCACCAUCUGAUUCCCCUGGCUCGCUGGACGCUACGGAGGACGGCGGGAGGGAGGUGGUUUGUGGGAACACAGUUGUUGGAACACUGGAUGGUGGCAUCACACCUUCCUAAACCAGCCCCCACCACGCCACCUGUUUAUCCUCGACCUGUUUAACCCCGCCUCAGUACAUGACAUCGGGGAUGCCCCCUUUUAGUCCCCACGGUCCUCCCUGGGUCAGCCUGAGGUCAUCCGACACUAACCAGCACCUUUACCAGUGAUACCUUUUGCCUCCAGAGUUUCCCCGCCCGAUGCCAGGAAUUCUGUCCUGAGGCAAUCCCGUCGGAUCUGUCAUCGAUGGGAGUGGAGUGUGGUGCGGGAGGAAGCAUAGGGGGCAGUCCUUGGGUCAAACAGCUCUCUACUGGCCCUCCCAAUUCUGAUUUUCCUUCCACCCCUCCCUACAGGCAGAGACAGUUCCAAUGCUGGGGUGCACACGAUUCGGGAGAUGCUGCCAACUGCAAAGCUCAGAGACGUGGGGGCGGGGGGGGGGGGGAGGGAAAGAGUGCAAAGUGUUGACAACUUUCCCGCUGUUGGCAGAGGGUCUUUGCCUGAAUAAACCCCACCCCACUUCCACAAUUCCCCCUCCCUGCUCCACUCAUUGGAGAGAGCCCUUGUCCUCCCACCCACCUCUCUCUGUCCUGUCCCCUUCUGCACUGCUCCACUCCCUGUUACAGCCCAGAGUUCUUCCCCAGCAGACAUGAUGGGCUGUUACUCCAUCAGAUGUGGCCUGUAGCACACUCCUCUCCCUGCAGUGCUCCCUCCUCACCAUGCCUCAUUCCGACGCUCCCUCCUCAGCGCCCUGCCCUGCAGUGCUCCCCCUUGAUCACUGCCCCUCCUGCAGUGCCGUGUUCUCCCUUCACCACCUCUCACUCGGCAUGGCACUCUCUCCUCCUAGCCACUCCCUACAAACUGCCCCUCCCACAGCACGGCACCCUCCUUGCUGCCCCUCCCACAGCAUAAUGCUCCCUCCUCACCACCCCUUCACCUUCCUCCAGGGAGCCUGCAGUGAGGUGAUUGGCAAGAGGGAAUGGUUGGUUUGGGAUGGACACUCUCCCCUUUCCUCGUUUUCUGAGAAUACACGGGCAGUGAGACAGAGAGCAAGCUGUUGCGGGGGGAUGUCAGGCAGAGAGCGAGAUAGGAAGCAAGCUGCCAUUCAACAGGAAGGAAAACCUCACCACCUCCCCUCCCCGCUUCGCGCUAGCUCUCCGCCGGUGACUUGGGAAGGCCAAACACCCACCCCCAACCGAAGCGAGCCCCCUCCCGCAUCUCUGGGCUAGCAGGGUCAUGAAGGCCAUCGGAACGCUUACUAACCAGAUAAACGUCGGGAAGGUAGAGAGACACUUUCUAUAGAGAACUAAAAUAUAUACGUAUAGACACACACACACACACACACACACACACACACACACACACACACACACACACACACACACACACACACACACACUCACACUCACACUCACACUCACACACAUACACUCACACACAUACACUCACACUCACACACACACACACACAUACACUCUCACACACACACACUCACACAUACACUCACACACACACACACACACACUCACACUCACACACACACACUCACACACUCACACUCACACACAUACACUCACACACUCACACUCACACACAUACACUCACACUCACACACACACACUCACACACAUACACUCACACUCACACACACACACACAUACACUCUCACACACACACACACACACACUCACACACAUACACUCACACUCACACACAUACACACACACUCACACACUCACACACACACACACACACACACCACACGCACGCACGCACGCACACACACACACACACACACAACCCCCAGAUAGGCUGUACACUUUGGAUGUAGGAUGAAAUUGUAAAUAGACGCCCUGAUAUUCUAAUGUACUGUGCCUAGCAGAGUACUUCUAUUCCUGCAGCUGCAGUUGGGGGCAGAGAGGUAGAAUUUACCCUGUGUAGUUUUCCAGUCAUCUCUGUUUGUGUUUUUGUUUUUUUUUGAUGUUUUAUUUUAAUAAAAUCUCCUUUUGUGUCUUGU